AAGACAUGGAAUUUUCUUCUCAAACGCUCACAAGGCCGCGUUUGGUCGCGCAGAAAGUGGAUUUUGGGAAUUUUUGGGAGAAUUGUCGAAGAGAUCAUCGUUUGAUUUCACGAGUUCUGAGGAAAAUUGAAUCGAGUUUGAUUGUUGCUGUUUGAUUUCGUGGAGAUUUUGAUUUGAAUUCAUCGAUCAGUGGUUUAGUUUAGUUUAGUAAUCCGAUGAUGGCUGGAAACCCUAAUUGCUGGGGAAUCAAUAAUGUUAAUGGCGUCGGCAUGCAUCCACACGAGUACCAGCUGUCUCCGCCGCCGCCGCCGUUGUUGGUGCAGUUUCCGGCGAACUCCUCAAACCCUAAUUUUCAGGAUUUUCCAGUUAGGUCUUGGAGCCAGUUGCUUCUGGGAGGAGAUCAGGAGGAGAGAUUUGUGGAGGCGAAUUUGUUGGGGCAAGAGAAGAAAUUGGAGAAUUGGGAGGAUCAAGUUGCAAAUUUGAAUGUGAAGGAGGAGAUGAUGUCAUCAUUGCCAUUGGCAGCGCCUCAAUCUAGCUAUGGGGACGAUGAUGAAUUCCAGGCCGUUAGAUCUUCGUCGUCGUCAUCCAACGGCUGGCCUACCUCCGCCGCCGCCGUUGUCUCUUCUCCGACCUCCUGCAUCACUAACAGCAUCCUUAAUUUCUCCUCUCCAUCGCCCAAACCUCAGCACCACCGCCAUGCCCACGAACACUCACCUGAGAAGGAAAAUAGCAAUGGGAACAGCAGGAGUAGCUGCAAGAAGGCUAGGGUUCAUCACUCAUCUGCCCAACCAGCUUUGAAGGUGAGGAAGGAGAAAUUAGGGGAUAGAAUAACAGCACUUCACCAACUCGUUUCUCCUUUUGGAAAGACUGACACAGCAUCUGUCUUGUCAGAAGCCAUUGGUUACAUUAGAUUCCUUCAGGCUCAAAUUCAGGCACUAAGCUCUCCUUACAUGCGCAAUGCAACAGCAAGCUCAGGACACCACCAACAUUCUGUGUUGAAUGGUAGUGUUGACAUGGAAAGAGCAGCUCAUAAUAACCAGGAUUAUUUAGCAGCAGAUUUGAGAAGUAGAGGGCUUUGCCUGGUUCCCAUUUCCUGCACUCAGCAUAUGCCAACUGACGGCGGCGCCGCCGACUACUGGCCUCCCACCGCUUUAGGCACUGGCUUCUGAUCGCCGGCGCGCCGGCGGCCAUAGGUAACAUCACAACCAGUCAGUUAUUUAUUAUAUAUAUAUAUAUGAAUAUAUUUCAUUUUAAAAUUAGUUAAGUAAAUUGUGACUGACUGCUUCUGAUGCUGCUGGAAACAUCUCUGUAUUUAAAACAUAAUUAUAUAUAUAUAUUAGUGUCAUGUGAUUUUGAUUAAUUAUCUAUAUAUAUAUAUAUAUAUAUAGAUAGAGAGAGAGAGAGAGA